ACUCGGGAUCCAAGCGUGCCACAAUAGCGGCGGCUAGGUAUCCGCCUUUCCUCCCCCAAAGUCACCGCAGGCGCAGCAGCAGCAGAAGGCUUCCCCGGUCCGCGACAGCUCCGAGCCUCCUCCACCGAGUGAUGCCACUGCUGCAGCGGGAGGAGAGCCCAGCUGCCACCGCCUUCACUGUCGACGGUUGCAGGAGGACCCGACAGCACCACCAUCUCGGCCUUUGACAGAAGAAGACAGAAAACCCCCCAUUCCCUCUUCCCACUCCCCAUCCCUUCCACCCUCUCCCUCCCUCCCCCCAGUCCAUCGACUCUGCUCCCGUCCCGACUCCAGGAUGUCCGAUAGCAACGCAAGUCCGACGGACCGGGUGAUCAAAUCGGUCCCCUUCCCCCUGGCCCACCGGCUGACCAUGAAGGAGGUGUUUGACUCGGAGGGCCGCCCGCGGGUGGACCUGCUCAAAGCUCACCUCACAAAGGAGGGCCGGCUGGAGGAGGCCGUGGCCCUGCGCAUCAUCGAUGAGGGCGCCGCCAUCCUGCGCCAGGAGCGCACCAUGUUGGAUAUUGAGGCGCCAGUCACGGUGUGCGGAGAUAUCCACGGCCAGUUCUUCGACCUGAUGAAGCUAUUCGAAGUGGGAGGUUCUCCUGCCAACACACGCUACCUCUUCCUUGGGGACUAUGUGGACAGGGGCUACUUCAGUAUUGAGUGUGUGCUCUACCUAUGGUCACUGAAAAUCCUCUACCCAAAGACGCUCUUUCUUCUACGAGGAAACCAUGAAUGUAGACAUCUGACAGAAUAUUUUACCUUCAAACAAGAAUGUAAGAUCAAGUACUCAGAACAGGUGUACGAUUCCUGCAUGGAGGCGUUUGACUGCCUUCCCCUGGCCGCCCUGAUGAAUCAGCAGUUUCUCUGUGUCCAUGGGGGGCUUUCGCCCGAAAUCCACACACUGGACGACAUCAAGAAGCUGGACCGAUUCAAGGAGCCCCCAGCGUUUGGGCCCAUGUGCGACCUGCUGUGGUCGGACCCCCUGGAAGACUUUGGCAACGAGAAGACCCAGGAGUAUUUUGGCCACAACACAGUCAGAGGAUGCUCCUACUUCUACAGUUAUCCUGCAGUGUGUGAGUUCCUACAGACCAACAACCUGCUGUCCAUCAUCAGAGCGCACGAAGCUCAGGAUGCCGGAUACCGCAUGUACAGGAAGAGCCAGACGACGGGCUUCCCCUCCCUCAUCACCAUCUUCUCUGCUCCCAACUACCUGGACGUCUACAACAACAAAGCGGCGGUGUUAAAGUAUGAGAACAAUGUGAUGAACAUCCGUCAGUUCAACUGCUCUCCACAUCCCUACUGGCUGCCCAACUUCAUGGACGUCUUCACGUGGUCGCUGCCUUUCGUAGGAGAAAAAGUGACGGAGAUGCUGGUCAACGUUUUGAGCAUCUGCUCAGAUGAUGAACUCGUGAACGACGGAGAGGAAAUCUAUGACGCCAGUGCAGCUGCAGCGAGGAAAGAGGUCAUCAAAAACAAGAUCCGGGCCAUCGGGAAGAUGGCUAAAAUGUUCUCCGUGUUACGGGAGGAGAGUGAGAACGUUCUGACCCUGAAGGGACUGACUCCCACCGGCAUGCUGCCCAGCGGGGUCCUGUCCGGGGGCAAGCAGACCCUGCAAAGUGCUACCAUUGAGGCCAUUGAAGCUAUCGAGACAGUUAAGGACGCCGAAGCCAUCCGAGGCUUCUCUCCGCAGCACCGGAUCAGCAGCUUUGAGGAGGCCAAAGGCCUGGACCGGAUCAACGAGAGGAUGCCGCCUCGCCGCGAUGCCGUCAACAGCGUGGGGCUGUCGAUGGGCCGCAUGAACAUGGGCGAGCCCAACGGCACCGACAACAACAGCAAUAUCCAGUGAUCGACCGAAAAGCAGAAAAAACAACCCCACUCCCACCUGCCUGCAGUUUCUACAGCGAUACCAUAUUUACCCAGUCGUGUACAUAGGCAUAUAAAGAGCAGAAACACACACACACACACACACUCAUUACACCACACACACACACAGGAGAUUAAAUACCCCCUUCCUUUGUUGCCCUCACCUGUUAUUUAGCCAGACUUUACCGCAGAGAGGCUGAGGGUCUUUUCUGAGCCCGGUUCUUCAGAACUAACCCUGAUCCUGACCUCUGACCCCUGCACCUGCACAACAACAACAACAGGAGACGCCCUCCGAGAGCAGACCAGGACUCUGAGGAGAGCUGCCUGCGUCAGUCGGUGUGCGUGUGACGUUUGGGGGAGGGUGGGUGUGGAUCAAGCUGAUGAUGUGAGGGUCUGGAGGGACCGGAAGCGACCAGGGCUGGAAAAUUAUUUCAAAUGUUCAGUUUUCUUUUGUUUUUUUUACGCACACACACACACACACGCUUCGACUCCGUAGGAGUUUGUUUGAGAGUCGAGGCCCGGCGAGGUGACCUCAGCCGCAGUCUAAUCUGAGCCCUCGCUUUUCUUCUUCUUCUGUUUGCUUUUGUAGCCUUGCACCGUUUUCACUCUCCGCUUACAGAGUCGGGUGGAGGAUUUCCCCACCCAAAGCGCUUCGUCCAGACCUCUGGUCCAGUUCACGUUGACUCUUGAAGACCAGCCCCCCGCCCCGUCCCCUCCCUAUCUGUUGCAUGUAAAUACAUAGAGGUUUUAUCACAGGGUGCAAGAUGCAGUAUAGUAGAAGAAUGCUUUAUAUAUAUAUAUAUAUGUGGGUGUGUGUGUGUGUGUGUGUGGGUGACGGAGGGGUUAAAAUGUGAAGCUCUUCGUCCUCCUCUGCGUCCUCCUUUCUUCCCGUCUGGUCGCCGGCCUUCGAAGCGGGAAGUGAUCGUUCGGAGAAAACGGACUCUUCUGGCGAAGGAAGGCGGCCGAAGCAGCGAGAAGAAGCCAAGAGGAUUAAGGUCUUUGUAAAGCAUUUAUAUUAACGCAUCAGUGCAUGCAAAAGUUAAGUUCUUUGAUAAUAAUGUGAAGAUUUACAUUUGUGCUACAUGUUUUUCGCUAUGGGUAUUUUUGUUUUGUUUGUUUCUUUUUUUUUUCUGGCUAAUAUAAGCAAACAGAGGUAUAACCAAUCAUUUAUUUUGUACAUAUUGUUAAUUCGGUUUAUUUUUUCUAUCUUUUUUUUUUGCGUUUAUUUCUUUUCUUUUUCACAACGCGUGUUCUUCGGUCGGUUUUGGACGCCUGUACAGAGCGUCGAGUCCACGUUUCGCUCCUCUGUUUCUCUGCCAUUGUACAGGAGUCGUUUUUAACGAUUAAACAUGAAUAACAAAUAUUAAACUAGCAUCGACGAAUGACCGUUCUUAUAUACCGAGGCACAGGCAUUCGGGCAGCCGAAAGCAUGACUGCAUGGUUAAGAUUUGUGCUGUUUGAAAAGCAGAAAGCAGCAGCGGACACGAGCUGGUGGGUCACGGUUUGACUGACGCGGCGUUUCCCAACCCCGGUCCUCGAGGCUCACUGUCCUCUACGUGUUUUAGAGGUUUCCCUGCUCUAACGUGUCGGAUUCAAAUGAUUGCAGUUCAACAAACCCCUGUUAAAUCAGUCAUGAAUUGAAAUCAGCUGGACUGAAGCGAGGAAAUACCUAAAACAUGCCGGGCAGUGAGCCUUGAGGACCAGGGUUGGGAAACACUGAUUUUUGACGAGAAAAAACGUGUACUCUCUUUAUCAUCGAUGAUUCCUCUUGUUAUUUGAUAAUAUUUAUGAUUCUAUGAUUAUUAUGGUUCUAUUUAUUAUGGACAAUAUUCUUAAUAUGUAAGCUCUCUAUCUCUCUCUCUCUCUCUGCUGGUUACUCUUCAUGUUGCGUUUCUCCUCGGUUGAUCUUGUGCGUCUUUGGGUGAGGUGAACCUCCUGGGACACCCUGUGCCAUAGAAAUUGUGCCACGGUUCUGAAUCGUUUUCUAUCUUUUCAGAUUUCUUUUUUCUUGUUUCUGCUUCCGUUAUUUUUCUUUGUUUGUUUUUUUCUCUUGUAUAUUUCUUUGUUUCUUUGUAUUUAAUUUCUUUGAGGCUUCUUUUGUUUAUUUUUUAAUUUCUUUGAUAUUUCUUUUAUUUAUUUGUCUCUUAUUUCUUUGUUUCUUUUGUGUUACUCUUGUUUCUCUGUAAGAUUUGUGUUUUUUGUUUUCUUUUUGUUUUGUUUUUUGCAGACUCCCCAGUCACUAACACUGUAAGCAUGGCCCAUGGGACGAUCCACUUUUUUACUCUUGAAUAAAAUAUGCAUGAACCUUU